UCCUUAUUUACAAAGAUUUUGCUCCUAUUUUGGAAUAGUGAACAUUUAGAGCUGUGAUGUCAUCACCAAAAAACUGAGACAAGAGAAAGGGUUUGAAUUUUCUACAGUAUACCAUUAGUUAGUAGCAAAAUGUAUGUCACUUAUCCCUUUCUCUCCCCUUCUUCUUUUCUCCUUCUUUCCCCUUUCUUUUCUUCUUUUUUGUGUUCCUGUCAUCCUGCAUUUCUGACCUCAUGUCUUCCUUUUAAAUUCCCCUAGUCACCAAAAAUCUUUUUCUUAUGCACUGAAGAUUCCCUGUGAUUUGGGUGAGGUCCAUUUCCUUUGGGAAUUACAGGCAAUAGGCAAAUCAGCCUUUGACAUUUUCUCCUCUGGGACAAGAAGGACUAACUUAUUAAAUAUUUUGGAAAGGGGGACUAGGAAACACACUCUGAUUAAGGCUUUUCAGACUCUCUUCAUGAACUCUUUCUGGUGGCAGCUUCACACUCUCUUCAUCAUUUAAGAACAACCAGUCAUCUCUGCUACUCCCAUUGGUGGCUCCCCUACAGCACAAGCUAAAUUCAGUGUCCCCUAAAAGGCACAAAAUCCAAUUGCCUGGAGUGAACACAAAGUCUUAUUGUGCUAACUGCCAUCUCUCCUGGGAGAAAAAAUGUCUUGGACUGGACCUGAAGUGAAAGAAUUCAUGUCAGGCAGCAGUAAUUAUGUAUUAUUUUUCUCUGGAUAUGUUCUGCCUGUGGUAAGCAGAGGCAUCUAAAAGAAUUUUAUUGCCCUAGAAAAACAUUUUAUGCUCAAGAUGCUCUUUUCAAAAAUAGCUAUUUUAGUACCUAAAUUGUUGAAUGCCUCACUGAUGAUUUUGUUUCUAAGUCUUGGAAGAACAGAAGUCUCUGGAAACUGGCACUCUUAUUUUUUUCUUUUAUUUUUGCUAACUCCAACAAUUAAAAGUAUAGCUCUGAAGAUGAUGUCAUUUAUGACAGCUCAAGGAAAUAGAGGAUGUCGCAGUUUAAGAAUGAAGUGUCUCCCAAAGUUUCAGGUAUUAAGGGCUUAAUCCCCAGUACAACAAUGUUCAGAGGUGGGACCUAGAGAGGUGACUCAUUCAUAAGGGUUCUAACGUCAUCAGUGUAUUAGGCCAUUGAUGAGUUCAUAGCUGAUUGGGCUAUUAGGAGGUGGGGCCCAGUUAGAGGAAGCAGGUCCUGGGUACAUGCCUGUGAAGGGUAAAUCUGUCCCCCAACCCCUUCCUCUCUGGCUCUUCCUGAGCUGUCUGCUGCCAGCUGCCAUGAGGUGAGCUACUUUCCUUCACCACUCCCUUCCACCAUGUUUCUGCCAUACCACGUGCCUAAAAACAAUGGAGCCAGCUGAUCAUGGACUGAAAACUUUGAAACUGUGAGCCAAAAUUAACUUUUCCUCUUCUAAGUUGUUUAUGUUAGCAACAAAAGGUUGACUAAUACAAAAGGAGAAACAGGAAAGUCCUGGUCCCCUAUCUACUUAUCCACUGUAAUGGGACAUGAGUGUGGCUGGAAGGAAGAGGCAGCGUUACCCUCCAACCUUUCUAAGCUCCCUCUGGACAAUUGAAUGAGUCUUUCCUUUUCUCUUCCUUUUUGAAUCUGUGCAUAGAGCCAUUGUUAUGUAUUUUUAAAAAUAUGCAGAAGUGUUGAUUAGGUAGUGUUAAGUGAAAUAUAAGUAUAUGGAUCAGUAACUGCACCGAUAAAUGGGAUAAGCAUCUCACAGUUAUGUAGAAACUCAAGUAGACAAAUUAGAAAGUAAUCAUCCUAAAUGUGCUGUCUGCUCAUUGCUUCAAGGCAAUGUCUCCGUGUUUCUUUCAUAGGCGUUUUUUUUUUUCCUGAGAAAAAUCCUGUGGACCCUUAAUAUCAGGAAACAAAACAAAUCAAGACGAAAAGUGAACUUUAUACAUUAUAAAUUGAAAGAUAUUUUAGUUUUGAUGGAUGAUUCUGAGAGUCAAAAUCCUUGAGAAUCAAAGAAAACCUUUUUUUUUUGGAGACAAGGUUUUAUUUAUUUAUUUAUUUAUAUUUUAGUUAGCUUAUUAGUCAUGUGGGUAGUACACAGUGAUCACAUUCCUUGUAUGGAGUUGGCACAUGUACAGAACACAUCUCAAUUCCUUUUUUCAUCCCCUUUCCCUUCCCUUCCUUCCCCCUCCACAUCUGCCAUAAGAAGUAGAGACACUCCUGGUCCUAACCCUAAACCUAAAUCACAAAAGCUUUUCAGUGUCCCUCAAAUCAGGUGAAAUCUGAAGCUUUCAAACUUUCUGAUUAAAAAGAUUUGCUCCAGUAUUUAGAUAUUUUCAGAGCACUCCCUUUUGGUGGAAAGGGGGGAGGCAUCCCCUCCCUCCUGAUGAGACAGCAGUCAGGCAGCUUUUAGCAGAAAUGGGAAGCAUUGAGGCAAUGGAUGGGAGCAAUGGUUUCUGAACAGAAGCUGAGGAAGGAUCACUGUGCUUCAACUCUCGGGACAUCAUUAAGGUGGUGAGAGGCCCCGAAGUGUGAACCAGGACCAUGGAGGCCUCUGUGCUGAGCCCCACAUCCUGGGAGAAACGGCGAGCUUGGCUCCGUCAGAGCCGUAACUGGCAGACGCAGGUCCUAGAAGAAGAAGCUGCAGCCGCCCUGCAGGAUGUCCCAGACCCUGAGCCUUCCAGCCUGGAUGAUGUUUUCCAGGAAGAGAAUCCAAUCAACAAGAUUGAAGACUGGCUGCAGGACUGCAGAGGCUCUGAAGAGGGGUUUUCUGAGGAGGCUGGACAAUCCAUCUACAAUGGGUUCUCCAGUCAUGGGACCAGUUUUGAAGAUGACUUGACACUUGGAGCAGAGGCCACACUGCUGGCUUCUAAUGGCAAACUCUUCUCCAGGGGUUUCCUCCAGACAUCCAGGCCUUGCCAGCUACUUGACCUUGGCUGUAGUUUGGCUUCCAGCUGCAUGACUAGUGCAACCAACAAGACUAGUUCAAGCAUUUCAGAGAUUCUGGAUCAGGUGCAAGAGGAUGCAGAAGAUGUCCUCUUCAGUCUAGGCUUUGGCCAAGAGGACCACAAAGACACUACUCGGAUCCCUGCAAGAUUUUUUACCAACCCCUCUCAGGCCAAGGGCAUUGAUUUCCAGCUCUUCUUGAAGGCACAGGUGCAGAGGAUUGAGAUGGAGGACCCCUGCCUCAUGCUGGCCAGCAGGUUUAAACAAGUGCAAACGCUGGCUGCUACUGCUGAUGCCUUCUUCUGUCUCUACUCCUAUGUGUCCAAGACACCUGUUCAGAAGUUCACACCAUCCCACAUGUUCUGGAAUUACAACCCAACUGAUGUGCCAUCCAUCAGGAUUCUGGCCCCAGAGCCUGAACCCCACUCACCUAGAGAGCGCCUCCGGAAAGCUAUCUCCAAAAUGUGCCUAUACACAGGUUCCCGAGAUCGGCUGUCACCAUCCCACAACAUCCCCAAAAGGAACAGUUUGGACCAAGUGGUUUGGGAAGUGAUGGACAGAGUGAGAGGAGAGAAGUUAGUUCUCCAGCAAGGCUCUGAGUUUGGGCAAGGCCCACAGGAAGAUACUGUGCCCUCCAUAGAAAACACAAAGCUGCCCACUUCUUCCUCUUCAUGUGCCCUUUGCCCCGAAGUGGAAACAUGGCAAGGGAUGUCCACAGUUUUGGCACAAUCACAGACUCUGGAUUCUAACCCCAAGGCACUCAAUAGCACACAUUCUCUAACGAGAACAGAUCCACAGUGCAGCAUAAACCAUGCACAAGUAAAAGAAGACCUGUGUGGUCUACAGUCCACCAAUAAGAAAGCCCAUUCAGACAAGAAUGAGACUUUCUGUAAAAGAAAGAGCAAAGCAAGGAAGAGUCUACUUCAAAAGAGUCCUCUGGACAAGAAAGUUAAGUCACUGGACCUGUCCAUAAUCCAGCAAAAAUAGAAGAGCAGAGACAGACCAGAACUACACUGAUCCCUAACCCAGCAGCCUCUGGAUGCUUGACUCAGAGGAGGUGAGUGGGCUGGAGGUGAGGGAGAGGCUGGAAGAGAAAAGCUCUGGAUGCUUUGCAGAAGAUGAAGGAGUAGAGCCCUUGAGCAAAGGAGAUCCAGGUGUCCUGUCCUCGACAGAUAUACCACUUCAUGAGUUAAACUCAGAAACUUGUGGGGAUGGAUUAAUAAAGAAGGAAAAGGA